AUGUCCUUUUUAGGUGUUUACAAGGCAUUGUAUGCCUAUGCUCCUCAGUCAGCCGAGGAGUUGGCCAUUGAUGAAAAUGAUAUCCUAUAUCUUUUGGAAACAUCAGACGUGGACGAUUGGUGGACUGUCAAGAAAAGAGUCGUAGGUGCUGAUGCUGAAGAACCAGUUGGGUUAGUUCCAUCAAACUAUAUUGAACCAGCAGAUUUCAUUGGAAGUGCUAGUGCUCUUUUUGAUUAUGAUAGACAAACUGAAGAGGAGUUGACUUUCAAAGAAGGUGAUAAGUUUCAAGUUUAUGAUGAUAAAGAUCCAGAUUGGAUAUUGGUAAAUAAAAAUAACCAAGAAUUUGGGUUUGUUCCUUCAAAUUAUAUAGAGAUGAGCCUUGGUGGUGCUUCCACUAGUGCUGUUGCUCCUCCACCAUCUCAUCCAGCUCAAGAUCAACACCAAGCUCCACCUCAACAACCUCAACAACCAAUUUCAAGUUUCCAACCACCUCCACAAAGAUAUGAUAGUCCAAAAGCUGUUGAACCACAACAACCGCCUAAACAACCAAGUACAAGCUCAUAUGCUCCACCACCUCAAGCACAAUCACAAUCUCAACAUUCUCGUGAUAAAAGUUAUGAUGAUUAUAGUGAUGAAGAAGAAUCUGCACCUCCACCAAAACCAAGUAGACCUUCAAAUUCAAAUACAUCAUUACCACCUCCACCAGCUGCUCAACCAGAAGACGAGGAUGGAGAUGAUCAGUUAUAUACUUGGGCCAUUUCUGAAGUUGAUGGACGUAAAAAGAAGAAAGCAAUGUUAGCCAUUGGAAACAGUACAAUUUAUUUUUCACCAGAUUCAAAUAAUGGUACACCACAUCAAUGGAAGGCUAAAGAUUUAUUAUCAUUCAGUUCUGAAAAGAAACAUGUCUUUAUGGAGUUCAAAAAUCCAUUAUAUUCAUUAGAAAUCCAUUCUGGGACCAAGGAAGUUGCCGCUGAAAUUUUAUCAAUUUUAGGUGAAUUAAAAGGUUCAUUCACUUCAGGUGGUUUAAAGGAAAUUCAAGCUGCUGCUUCAUCAAAACCAUCAUCUAAAUCAUUACCAUAUGCUAAGAAAACUGGUAAAAUCCUUUAUGAUUUUGAAGCCCAAGGUGAUGAUGAAUUAACAGUCCAUGAAGGCGAUAAUGUUUAUAUUAUUAACGAUAAGAAAUCAAAAGAUUGGUGGAUGGUUGAAUUGAUAAAUAGCGGAAGAAAUGGUGUUGUACCAGCUCAAUUUGUUCAACCUGAUCAACAAGAAUCUGGAUUAUCAUCUCUGACUAGUAAAUUCAAAAGAUCAAAAUCAAAAGAAAAUUUAUCAACUACAUCUCCUUCCAAGAGAGAACAACAUCAACAAAAGAAAUUACAAGGCCCAAAAGCUUCAAGAAUUAGAACUUGGGAAGAUGCUUCUGGUACUUUCAAAGUUGAUGCUGAAUUUUUAGGUGUUGUUGAAGGUAAAAUUCAUUUACAUAAAACUAAUGGUGUUAAAAUUGCAGUUGCUGCAACAAAACUUUCAAUAACAGAUUUGGAAUAUGUUGAAAAAGUUACUGGUAUGUCAUUAGAGCAAUAUAAAGGUAAUAACAAGAAAUCUUCAUCAGGUGCAGGUGUUGUUAGUGCCAAUGAUCCAGAUAGAGAAAGACGUGAAAGAAGAGAACGUGAGCGUAGAAGACGUGAAAGAGAAGAUCGUGAACGUGAUCGUGCUGAGCGUGAAAGAGAUAGAAGAGAAAGAGAAUUAGAAAGAGAAGAAAGAGAUCGCUUACGUCAAGAAUUAAAAGCUGCUAAAACUGGUGAAAUUUCUGCUGCUGCUCCACCUCCACAACCUGCAAGACCUGGUUCAACUUCAAGAUCUGCAAGUGCAUCAAAACAAAGAACAGCAGCAAGUGCACCAAAAGAAGAUUAUGAUUGGUUUGAAUUCUUCCUAGAAGCUGGUGUUGAUGUUAACCAAUGUCAAAGAUAUACAAAUAAUUUCAAUAAUGAACAAAUUGAUCCGAGUAUUAUGGAAUCAAUUGAUUCUUCAGUUUUAAGAACUUUAGGUUUACGUGAAGGUGAUAUUAUCAGAGUUAAUAGAUAUCUUGAUCAAAAAUUCAAUCGUCAACCAAAACAAGCUGAACAAGCUCAAGGUGGAUUAUUUACCGAACCAACUGGUGGUUUGAAAGCUAAUCGUACAGGUUCUGCUACAAGUGUUGGUAAUACAUUACCAGCACCAACUGGUUCUGCUGCUCCAGCUACUGCAAAUACUGAUGAUGAUGCAUGGACUGUUAAACCAGCCGCUAAUAGUGAAACUGUUAAUGGAACUGAAGGUCCAGCUUCAUCUUUAUCACAAAAUUUUACUGGUUCAAUGCAAGAUUUAGUCAACUUGAAACCUUUAGCACCAACUGCAACUGCUUCAUCAACAAGAUCAAAUCAAACAUUUGCUCCAGUUCCUUCAAAACCAUUACAACCUACAAAAGCAGUCCCUUCCACCGGUGUUUCUACAGAUACUAUUACUACACAAAAAACUGGUAAUGAAAAUUUCAUUUCAACACAACCAACAGGUCAAUUAUUAGCUCCAUUAGAUCCUUUCAAAACUGGUGGUGCAAAUAUUCUACCAUUAGCCACAGGUGGUGCUUUUGUUUAUUUACCAACUCAACAAACUGGUGUUUUGAAUUUACAACCAACAGGUUUGAUUCCAUUACAAAAAACUGGUGGUUUACCAUUCCAAACAACUGGUGCCUUACCAUUACAACAAACUGGCUUAUUACCAUUACAAAAAACUGGUGGAAAUGUCACAGGUGGUGCUUUACCUUUACAAAAAACUGGUCCUUUAGGUGGAUUACCACAAUUUGGUACUGGUGUUGGUGGUAUUGGAAGUUCAUUACCUCCAACUACUUCAUUUGGUCAAACUCCAAAUUUUGGCUCAAUUCCAAACACUUCAUUUGGUCAAUUACCUAAUACUUCAUUUAGCUCACAACCAACUGGUGGGUUAAAUCAAUUUCAACCAAGUGGUGGAUUCCAAUCACAACCAACUGGUGGUUUGAAUAAUUUCCAACCAACUGGUGGAUUAAACAACUUCCAACCAACUGGUGGAUUAAACAAUUUCCAACCAACUGGAGGAUUCCAAUCGCAACCAUCAACAGGAUUUACUACACCUUUCAGUCAACCAACAGGUGGAUUCAAUACACAACAAACAGGAUUUGGUCAACCAUCAUUCAAUCAAGCACAACCAAGUGGAUUCAAUAGUUUAUCAAGUCCACCAACUUUUAACAGACAACAAACUGGAUUUGGUCAACCACAAUUUGGUGCUCAACAACCAUUUGGUCAACAGCCAUUCAAUCAACAAUUGAAUCAAAUGACCAAUAGUUUCCAAAAUACUUCAUUACAAAAUCCAUCACCAUUUGGUCAACCUCAACCACAACCACAACCUUCAUUUGGUGGAUUCCCACCACAACAACCACAACCUCAACCUUCAUUCGGUGGGUUCCAACAACAGCAACCAACAACUUCGUUUGGUGGAUUCCAACAACAAUCACAACCUUUACAGCCAUUAGAAUCACAACCUACUGGAUUUGGGUUUGGUAAUAGUGGAGGAUUUGGACAACAACAACAACCUUUAGGAGCUCAAGCUACAGGUAAAAGAGCUAAUCUUGCUAAUGCAAGUGCUGAUAAUCCAUUUGGGUUUUAA